GUACUAGGUCCUUAUUGCAGUCAUUAAUUAUUAGGUAGGUACACACUAUUUUAAAAAUGUAUGAACAAUAUAAAUUUCCUAGAAACAAAAAGCCCAUUCUUUAAAUAAAUAUAACAUGCAAGUAAUAAGUUAACAAAUUCCAGCUGUUCAUAACUAGUUAAUGUAAAACAUUAAAAAUAGCUUGAAUAGUUUUAUGACAAAACUAUACAAUACAACAUUUUUGUCAAAUAUCAUUGAUAGUUACUGAUAUAAUUUCACACACAAAUUGAAUGCGUUUUGUUGUAGGACUUAUCUAUUGAUUUUUACAGGGCUCGGAAUUUAAUGCAUAUUUGUAUGAGAGUGUUUUGUAAAAUAGUAUAUUUAAAAUUUAGUUUGAUAAAAAUAUUUUAUGUUAUCUAGAUUUUUAUUAUUACAUUAUUUUGCAUAUUUCAUUAUUUUUUAUUAACAUUCUGAUGUGAUGGAACUUUAUAAUAUUUUAUAGUUGCUAAUAUGCAUUGAAACCAAUCUUAAAUAAGAAUAAGUGAGAUAACGAAAUAAUUUAUGAUUUAUUUAUUUUCACAUCGAGGUGUUUUUUUAAGGCUCUGAUUGCGAUGUUGAAAACAAUUUUACAUUGUUGAAUUAAUUUUUGAAAAUUAUGUAUCAUAGGUACUAUAGAGCAGUGGUCUUCUUCAACCGGUGGGUUGCGUAAGCUUAAAAAUUGAAUUGCAAUAAGUUUUCUUUUUAAAAUAAAAAUUAAGUUUAUACAAUUAUAUAAAGUAUACAAAUAAUUGUUUAAUUAUUAAACUUAGAAAAUUAAUAAAUUAAAAUACAGUUUGAAAAUGUAAUAUAUUAUACAGAAACUAUAUUAUAUAAUUUAUAUUCAAAAAUGUAAUAGUAUAAUGGAUUUAAAAUCGCAGCAUAUGUUUCAUAUACUAGUAUGAUUCUACGUAGUAUGACUUUAAAUAUAAUAAUUUACGAGUAAACCGGGCUAGUAAUAAAAUAAAUACAUUAUAUUAUUGUCGCUAAAAAGUCCCAUAGUCUACGACCAUUGUCAAUGUUGUCGCUGUGACGAAUAAAUGUUAAUUGCGUUAUUAUUCUUGUCAUAUUUACGUAUCCGUUAAAAAGUUUUUUCAUUUUUAUUUAUUUAGUUAUAACAGUACUACUACAAAGUAUUAAGUAAUUUUAGAUUUUUGUUUUUUUUGUUUUCCUGCAAACGUUUUUCUUUAUGCAUGCCUUAUGUGGGUCGUGAGUACAAAAAGGUUGAAAACCACUGCUGUAGAGUAUAAUCAUAACCAAUAGGCAAUUUGCAAAUAAAAAUAAUGUGUAUAAUGUUUAGAAAUGUUACGAAUCUUGACUUUUGAGAUCGAACCGAACCAAACCUACACAUUUUUAUUUGAACCUGAACAGUUUUAAAGUAUUUUAUCUAACUCGAACAUUAAAAAAGUAUAAGGAUUAGGUUAGAUUAACAUUUACGACCUUUACCAGUCUACAAUUAUGAGACCCACAUAAAAUUUUUCUUUUUCGUAUUAAGACCGCUCUAUCCUACCACAGAAUAUCGCCUUGGUGAGCACGUAGAAUCGUUAUUAAAUGAUUUUCAAACUGAACUAUUGGGUAUUCGGUUCAGUUCAAUCAUUUGCAAUUUUCAGUUCAUCACAUCUCUAAUAAUAUUUCAUAAUCCAUAACUACAAUAUGGGCCAGUAAACGCAUGUCACGUAGAUUUAAAUUAUAUCAUUCAAUAACCUUUAUUCAAUUCUUUUCUCUUUGGGUCAUCAAUGGGUAUAAAAAGGUAUGAAUUUCCUGUUAUCUUUUGUAUUUUUUCAUAUUGGUCAUUCUCUUCAAAACACAGAAUGGUGAUUAAAAAUUAAAAUAGUCAAUUUGUCAAUCAUUUAAAAGAUGAAGUUUAUUUAUUUAUUUACCGCUGACUAAAAUGUUCAGUGGAGAUUGGUCGAUAAUAUGUAUUUAUCGUAUUAAAAUAAUAUUUGUUAAUUUAGACACUUUAACAUAAUUAAAAAGCAACGGAAGAGCUUAAUAAUAAAUUGUUUUAGGUAUUUUAUUUUAGUUAAGCACUAAUUAAAAAUAAAUUAUGUAGUUAUCAUACAUUAUUCAGUUCACAGUUUUAAAUUUACAUUUUCCCCAUAAACUUUAUUAUUUUUAAAUUAAACAGUUUUUAUAAUUAUAUAUUAAUUUGCUCUUUAAUUGUGUGGGUACAUUAGUAUUUUAUGUAUUAUAAAUUGUCUGCUUAAAUUAUUUACCUAUAAUAUUAAAAUAAUAAGUGCAAAAUACAAUAAAUAAAUGUAGUACAUUUAUUAGUAUUUUGUGUCCCAUAAGUAUUAUAAAUUACUACAUUUUUUUAUUCAUAUAUAUAUAUAUAUAUAUAUAUAUAUAUAUAUAUACACAGUGUGUCUUGCUGCGUUUGAACCAAAUGUAACUGAUUGAAAAAAAAAUUGAAAAAAUUUAAUAUUACCAGUGUUAGAAAAAUUAUCAUUUUUAAAUUACCCAAUAUUUAUAUAUGUAUAUAAAUAUAUUUUACCAUGCCUUUAUAGUUUAAAUAUUUAUUAUUUAUGUGAUUAGGUAUAUCGGUUAGGUAAGAUUCUAAUAUCAAUUAAAACUAAGGAUUUAACACGUCUUAUAAAAAUUACUUUAAAAAUAGAUGUAUGUACAUUAUUAAUACCACUAUAACACAUACAUAUGUAGGUAUCUAUUGGAUACAAAUAUGUAUAGAAUUUUUGAAAAUUGUGUUGUUGACAUUAAUUCUUAGAAUAUAUCCUCUAUCACAUUUUUAUUUUUUCAGUAAUAAUUUAUAGUGAAGAUAUAUAUUUGUCUAUCAAAUUUAACUUAUUUUAAAAUAAUAAAAAACCCUUUUAAAAUUUAUUCAACUAAAAAAAAAUUAAAUUAAUUAUUUUGCACUAAUUAUUAAACAUUUUUACUUAUUUAAUUAAUGAUAAGAAAAAAACCAAAUUAUUUUACAUAUUUUGUUAUAUUACGUGCAUAAACUCUGUGUCUUGGUUUUGUUUUUAGAACUAUGUAUAUUUAGGACUGGUAUUAAAUGGUUUAUAACUCUGGUUAGGUUAAGUUAACUGGGGUUAACACAUUAUCGGUCCAUGUUAAUUCCAGUAACCACUGUUUUGAUUGAUAAUAAUAUUAUUGCUUUGUGAUAAUAAUUUAAUAAUACGUUUUGUUCAUACACUUUAUUUUCAAAAUGUACUAUGAAAUAUAUUAAUGAAUCAAAAGAGCAAAUAUUUUAGUGUAGACGAAAGAGAACAAAUUUAUUUAUUAUCAUAUCAACGAUAAACUUCUCUAUAUCUUUUUUUUUUAAGUGAAUUCUUCAAAAAUUGAUCAUCUCUCCAUACAUGAAAAUGAUCACGAAUAAGUCUUGUAUGCCUAGGGAAAUCACAAGUAGUGUAAAUUUUACUAAAUUGUUUUGUUGGUUUCUGCUUCAUUCUUAUCAUACAAAAACAACAUAAUUUUUAAUAAAAAUACUAUUGGUGAGCCAAUAUGACUUUUCUAAUACCGGAUAUUAAAAUAUUUGCUACCGAUAUAAAAUUGAUAACUUAACCUAUAUUUGAAAUCAAAAACUGCGAGCUGAUAUUGAUAUUAACUGAUAAAUUAAAAAAAUUAAUACUCAAUAUUUACCAAUAUUGUUCAUGUUAAUUAUUAAAGUAAACUGUUUUAUUGUAUUGUAAUAUUUUUAUCAAAAUUUGAUGUUUAAUGUUCAUUGAAAAUAAAGUUUUUUUAAAAAAAUAAAAAUAAUAAUAAUUUCAAAAAUAUUGGGUCUAAUAUAGGUUUUGAAAAACUAUUUUUCAGAUAUCCUCAAUAUCAGUUGAUAUACAAUUUCGGUUUUUGCCGAUACACACCACUAAAAAAUAUUUUGAACAUUUUAAAAUGACUAUUAAUAUACAAUGAUAAAUUUAUGUUAUUUAUGUUUCAAAUAUUUAUGCAACCAUCUAACAAUGUAUAUCAGUAACCUGCUGAUGAUGCAAUACAGUAACUAAGUAGUUACUUAACACAAUUUUCAUGCUUCUAAUUCUGAGUUCAAGAUUUUUUAACAAUUUAUUAAAAAUAUUAAUACAAGAAGUGUUAUAAUAUAAUCUCAAAUUUAUAAUGAAUAUCAGUACUUUGAUUUCUUAUUGAAAAUAAUAAUGUAUUAUGUAAAAUUAAUAAAAAAAACAUUUGAAAUUAGGAUUUAUAGAUUAUCUAUUUAGUCAUUUUUGAAGUAUUGGAUAGGUAUUUAUUAUUUUAAAAGUACCUACUUACUAUUGGUUUUAAAAUGGAUGUAUUUGAUAAUAUUACAGUCAAUCAUUGGAUUAACACGGUCACAUUUUAUAACCAGCUAAUAUUGGCUGAUAAGUGUAACCCGCACAUAACAGUCUGUAACAGUGUUGAUCAGAGUUUGUUGUAAUACUGGUUUUUCAUUCUUAAAGACCAUUAAAUAUUUAUUUAAUUGUAACUGUUGAUUUUAAUACUUAUUCUUAGUGUUUUUGGAGUUUCUUAUCCAUUUCAGAUGAAUUCUCACGUUAAACAUUUGGGUUUUUGGUCAAUCUGUCUAGAAUCAUUCUUUUGAUGUUUUAUUUAAUAGGCCAUGGUGAUUCUUUAUUUUAUUUUAACAAUUUUUUUUUCCUUCAUGAAAUACUAGAAAUUCAAUCUCUUUUCUAAUUCUUUCCAAUACUGUAAGUUAAAAUUUAACAUUAAAUACACCCUAAUAAAGCCAAAUUUCAAAAGAUUUAGUUAUGUUAUAGACAAUUUUAAUUGCACUUAAAAAAUCUAAAAAAUAAUAUUUAAAAAUAUAAUUAAAUGUAUAUUAAUAAUAUGUUAGUAAAUAUAAUAGUACUUUAAUUUUGUUUUAAUAUAGAGGAAAAUCUUACUAAAAUGACUUGGUGGCAAAGUCAGUCCCACCCAAUGUUUGGUGAAGUACUAGAAUCUUCAUAUGGGUAUGUGAUCUCUGUGUCUGGAUCAGGUCAGUCUUAUUUAUUUAUAACUGUUUCGUAAAUUUAUGUAAUGUUUACGUGUAAAUUAUUUUUACUGUAUUUAUUCUUAUUUAUUUUUUGAUUAUUUUAGUUAUUAAAGCUAAUAAAAUGUCAGAUUCAAUUGAAUUUGAAUUGGUUAAAAUUGGCUUCAAUGAAUUGAUCGGUGAAAUUAUUCAUUUAGAGGGUGAUGUGGCUACAAUACAUGUAAAUAAAACAAAUAUUAAACGUUGGUGCAUUAAUUUGUUUUGUUAACUUAUUUAUUGUUCUAGGUUUAUGACGAGUUUUCUACUAUUGUUGUUGGUGAAACUGUGGUUAAAACCAGAAAUCUUCUUUCUUUAGAAUUAGGACCUGGCAUAAUGGGAAAUAUUUAUGAUGGUGUUCAACGACCAAUGCGAGAUAUAACUGGGGGCUAUGGCUGUCAAUAUUCUCCAGCUCUUGACCAUCAUAUUAGUUGGGAUUAUGACUGUUCAUCCUCUAUCAAUAUAGGAAGCCAUAUAAGAGGAGGGGAUAUUUUUGGAAUUGUUCACGAAAAUACUGUUUUUAAACAUAAAAUAAUGUUGCCUCCUAAUGCUGAAGGAACAGUGGUGUUCAAAGCUAAUCCUGGAAAUUAUCACAUUAAUGUAAUUAUAAUAUAUUUUAAAUUAUAGUGAAACAAAAAAAUUAUUAUUUAUCUUUAUAGGAUAUUUUAUUGGAAACAGAAUAUCAAGAUAGAAAAACAUCUUAUACUAUGUCACAUGUAUGGCCCAUACGUAAACCUCGUCCAAUUUCUAAACAUUUACCUUAUAAUUAUCCACUUUUCACAGGAAACCGAUUAUGUGACACUUUAUUACCGUAAGUUUAUAAAAUUACAAACAAAAAAUGCAAAUAUGUUUUGUAUUCAUGUAUUAUUUUAGUUGUGCACAAGGAGGAUCAAUUAUCAUACCUGGAUCAUUAGGUUCUAGAAAAUCUGUAUUAUCUCGAGCUUUAAACCCACAAUCUAAAUCUGAUAUUAUUGUUUAUGUUGGUGGGGAAGAUAGUGAUAAGACAAAUGCUGAGGUAAUAUUAUUUAUAAAAUAAAAUUUAGUUGGAAGUGGUUGUAGAAUUAAAUUGCUAAACUUGUUAUUUACUUUGUAGAUAUUGGAAGAAUUGUCAAAAUCACCCAUUAAAGCUGGCAAUGUUCCUGGUUAUCUUGCAAACAAAACUGCAUUAAUUGUUAACUCUUUAUGUAUGCCAGCAGCUUGUCAUAUAGCUUCUUUGCAUACUGGUACUAAAUAUUUAUAUUGAUAAUAUUAUAUUAAUUAUAUAGACUAAACUUUAUUUUUAUAAAGUGUAUACUGGUUGUAUCACUGUCAUUAAAUAUUCAUUUUUUGGAAUGAGUAUGGGUUUGCUAUUAUGAUUGAUACAAUCAGAGCCCUAUACCAGCCUUUUCCUAGUGAAAACCAAUUUAAGAGGACAUUUCACCCUCAUUUACUGGCAACAUAAUAAAAUAAUGUUUAUAAAAACUGAAAUUGUGGUAUUAGACUUGAAAUUGGAGUUUAAUCAGAAAUAAAAUUUAAUGGGGAGAAUGUUUUUGAAGGCUGUAUGCAGUUUUUUUUAAAUUUAUGUUCUAAUGAAAUGUUUUAAGUAACUUAAUUUUGAUAUGAGGGCAUAGAAAAUUUACUUUUGGGCGAUCAAAUUUUGUACUGUUAGUUUUUCUAUUUUUAUAUACUUAAAUGUAAGAAAAUUAUAUUUGAUAGUAUGCCAGAUAUUUUGAAUUUUAAGUGAAAUAUUUCAUUUACACCUCAUCCUUGUUUAAAAAUUAAAAUAUUUGAUAGACUUAUACAGAUUAUGUUCAUACCUUUAAAUUUCAUAGUAUAGGCAAAUUAACUCUAUAAUAGUACAACUAGGAGCACAAAAUUGGUGUUGCUGAAAGUCAAUUUGCUAUGUCUUGUAUUAGUAAGAAGGAAACAUCACAAGGUUUAAAAAUUUUCUUAAUAUAAAUGCAGUAGAAUAACUGUUUUAAAUCUGAAAUUCCAGCUUUAGUUCUCUGUGCCCAUUUUCAAAAUUACCAAUCUAUGUGUGUCAUAGAUUUGUCUAUACUACAUACUUACACAGUACAUCCUUUUAUUAUAUUCCAUUAUUAAUUAACAUUCAUAAUUACCUUCUAUAGUUAUUAAUGAUAAAUAAUGAUUAAAUUAAAAUGUUUAAUUUUGUUAAAGGAAACAUGUUAUACAUUUUUAGGUGCUACAUUAUCCGAGUACUUCAGAGACAUGGGAUAUAAUGCAUGCAUGUUAGUGGAUUCGAAAUCUAAUUGGGCUGAAGCAUUACAAACCAUUGCUGAAAAGAGGUAUCAAGAGAAAACAAAUUUAAUGCAUUAUUUAACUAUUUAUUUUAUUUUAGUGAUUGUUCAACUUUGUUAAACACUCAAUUAAGUUCAUUUUUUGAGAGAGCAGGCCGAGUAAAAUGCUUGGGUGGUAAUCCUGAACGAGAAGGUUCAGUCAGUAUUAUUGGAGCUAUUAAACCUAAAAAUAAAAAAGGUGAUUCACCCAGUUCAGCUGAUCCAGUUACAUUAGCAUGUUUUAAUAUAGCAAAAGUGGGUUGGACUUUGGAAAAAAAAUUAAUUGGACAUGAUGCGUUAGUGGAUUUGAAUUAUUCAUUCAGGUAAUUUCUGUAAUAAAUGAUAAUUAAUUAUCGUCUAUAUUUUAAAGUUCAAUAUUGCGAGUCAGUAACUUUUUUGUUAUUAAUUUGGUAUUAGUUCCGUAUUAUUUUUGGUGUGUUUGAAUUUCAUAAUAUUGUAAUGUUAACAUUAAACCUUUGUUUUAAAUUUGUUCUACAUUUUAUUAAUACAUUAUUUUUAAUUAUUUAAUUACAGUAGAACACUGAUUAUCUGAACUCUAAUCAAACAUUAAGAUGAGCAAGAUAAAAAAAAAAAUUUUAAAAUAUUUUUUUUUAUAAAACAUUUUUUGUUAAUUAAUUUUCUGUUUAAAAUCCAUAAAACUAGUAUAAAUACUUGUAUUGAAUUGUCUUCAACUUCAAGUUAAAAUUCUUGAAAUAUUUCAAUAGAAGCUCUAUAAACUUGAAUUUCUGCUAUAAAAUUACUAUUGGUGUUUGUGUUCAAAUUUUUCAAUACAAUUUUUUUACAAAAAUUUUAAAAUGUAUUCUCUUCAUUUAUGGCCUUGACAAAUUAUUAGAAAAUUCGAACUUGAGUGAAUCGUCUAGUACAGCGGUUCCCAAACUGUGUGGCACGCCACCCAAAAGAGGCGCAAGCACUUAACAAGGGAAGCGGUGCUUGGUUAGAAUUUUGUAGAUAUAGUUAUUUUUAGAUUAUUUAUAUGUCUGAUAACAAUUUUAUGGACACGAUUAUCUUAUCCAUCCGAUUCUUCACUAUGAAUGCAAUUUUCUUCAUAUUCACUUACAGAAUUUUGGAAUAGUAUUAAACAUUAAUAUCCUGAAGUUAGCAACAUAGCUUUAAGUAUAUUAAUAUCAUUUGCCACAUCGUAUUUGUGUGAAACAAGAUUUUCAGUAGUAACCGUAUUAAAAUCAAAAUAUCGGUCCAGACUCAACAUGGAAAAAGAAAUGCGUGUUGCAGUAACUAUGUUAAUACCCAAUUUUGAAAAAUUAAUAAACGAAAAACAAGCACAUUGUUCGCAUUAAUUAUUUUGUAUAAAAUAAAAUAAUAAGUUUACUGUUAACUAAUAAAUAUUAAAUAAUUGUUAACCUAUUUUAUUAAAUAUUCAUUUCGGGAGGUGUGAACAAUUUUUUUUAUUUAAGGGAACCACUGAUCCAGUACAUAAUAUGUACUAAAAAUAUAAUAUAAUAUUAUACAACGUGUACCAUCAUAAUAUUCUAUUUUUGCAAUUUUUUUUUUUCAUUAGGUUUGUCUUCAAGGGGAACAUUAAUUUGGAGAAAAAUUAAAUAUUUAUUUUCUUCUCUUAAACACAAAAUACAAAUAACUUUUUACUUAUUUACUUAAGAAAAAUUUUAAAAUAGCCAUUUUGUAAAAAAUAUUAUUCUAAAAAUUUUAAUGUAUCAUAUUGCACCAUAUAUACAUUCAUAUCCGAUUAACAGUUUCUUAAUUAUAGCAGUUUUAAUUUCUAGAAAAUAAGUAUGGAAACAAUUAAUAUUCAAUAGUAGGUAAAUAAUAUAUUGUUUACAAAAUGGCUACUUUGACAAUUUUCUAAAGUAAAUAAAUUAAAUAUUAACAGCAGUGCUAGAAAAAUCAAUUGAACAUGGUGGUUGAAUACACUUUAUACAUACAAUACAUAUAACUUUUGAUGUACUAUAUUUUGAUUCUAUGGAUAUUUGCUUAUCUGUCUUUGAUAUUAUUAAUUUGGAUAAUCAAAGUUUUACUGUACUUACAAUUACAAAUUUUAAAAUGUGUUUUCCCAAUUUUGUUAGUUUUUAAUUUUCUCCCUUUAAUGACCAGAAAAGAAAUAAUUUUAUUAUUUGUUAACAUUUUUUUAAAUUUGAAAUUUUCAACAUAGCCACAAAAAAUAAUAGAUAAUAGAUACUAUUCUAAAACAUUGAAUGUAUCAUAUAUACAUAUCAUAUCAACAUGCUUAUUAUUAGCUGUUUUAGUUUCUAAAAGAGGCAUUGACUACAAGUUUUUCCAAUUCUAUAGGAUGCCCAAAAAUAUAUAAAAGCUGAUAAGCAACAAAAAAAAAAAAUUCAUCAAUAAUAGUAUAAUUAUAUUUGUAUAAAAGCUGACAAAUAAAAAGCCAGUACAUAGUAUCCGAACAUCAAGAAAUUAAUAUUAUACAUGUUAAUAUAUUGUUACAUUGUAGUGGGUGCCUAUGUGUAGAGGUAUUAAUUACUUCUUUAUUAUACUUCUAUUGGUUUUAUUCAAAUGCUUUUAUUGAGAUUUAUUUUUAAAUAAUAACUUAUAAAAUAUUAUUUCAUAUGCCUUCUUUAGAAAUUAAAUCUUCUAUUACUAAGAAACUAUUGGAUGUAAUAUAAUAUGGAUUUAUCAUCUAAAAAUGGAUAUGAAAUUCAUUCACUUUUCUUAUUUUUAAACUUUUAACUCUUUAUAACUCAUAAAUAAUAAAUCCAAUAUUAAUGUUAUACGUUUUAACACUUUUUGAAAAAUAUUCUCUAUUUGAAUCUGGGUUCCUACUUGAAAAUUGAAUUUAAAAUAAAUUAACAAAAAUCAAAUUGACUUAAAAUUCUCUGAGAAAAUUACUGGUUCGUGAUAAAAUAAUCACCCGUAUAAAUGUAAAAUUAUAAAAAAAAAUUGUUAUCAAAAAUAUUAGCAUUAGGAAAACAGUAGAAUACACUGUACUAUAAUACAUAGAUAAAUUAAAAUAGUCACCACUCAAAUUUACUUUUUAGUACAUCAAGUCACUUUUUUAAAUUUUUACAUCCUAGUUUUCCUGCUGCUAAUACUAUUAGUAUAUUGUAAUGUAAAAAAAAUGAUGAUCUAUUUGUUAUUAAAUAAAUAACCAUAAAUUACCUCUCACAACAUAGAUUCCUUACUCCACUUAGUAAAUUGUGAAAUUUGUAGAUUAAAGACAAUGUAUUUAAACUUCCAGAUACUUUGUCACACAUGAUUUAUAUUAUAAUACUAUUACUUUUUAAAUUCCAUUUUAGAUUUUCAGUGGAGCAAAGAAGUUUUUUUGUAUUUUUAUACAAAAAGUACACACAUUUUUUUUACACUACAGUUAUAUCAUAAUUCCUGACCGUAAGAUUAUAUAAAAUAAAUGUUGUAGAUACCUUAUUGGAAUAAUAUUAUAACUUAUCUUUUGCUCUUUAAAGGCGUGUCCACACCUAAAAAAACGUUUGGGGUAACAUUGUUUGUCAAAUGUUUGCCGAACAUUUUAUCAUGACAACAAAUGGUUGUUCAUAAUUUAUUUGUUUGCUAUAUGUUUGCCAACAGUCGUGAAAAUAUCAGAUCUAGAACAAGUCACAUGCUUGCAUUGGUGCUACUGCAUUUGUUAUAAUGCGUAAUAAAACAUUAAAAAAAAAAUGAAACGUUUUAUUUUAUUUUUAUAACCCGAAGAUUUUGUGUCCCAUAGCAACUGGCAUUCUAAUAUAAUUCAAUUAAAUUAAUUAUUUUUUCUUUGGACCACUUUUCACUCAUUUUGUGACUCGGUAUUUGGUACAUUAUUUAAAACUAUAUAAAUAAAAAAUACCACCUCAUUUCCGUGUGUGGUGCUAUGCGCAGACUGAUUUGAAUUUAUAGAAAUUAUACAUAAGUUAUAAUGAAAUAUGUAUUUAUAAACAGGAUAUUAUGUCAUUAUCUAUCUAUGUAGUUUGGGAAACUACACAUAAUUUUAAAAUAAAAUAGUGUAUUGUUUAUAGUCUGUCACGUAUUGAUACUAUUGUAUAUCAUAUUAUUAUUUGUCAUAUUCAAAUAUAUUUUUAACAAAUAUUAUCAUUUAAAACUAUUUUAAUUAUUUAUAAUAUUAUAUAUAACUGAAAUAAAUAAUAAUAUAUAAUAUAAUAUAUUUAUAUAUAUAUAACUGAGUUUGUAAUUACUUCAAUAAAGGUAUAUCAGAAUACAAGUACAAACUAAUUGGAUUAAAAACACAUCUACAUCAAGCAUAAACAUUCAUCAAAAGUUUGACAAAUGUUUGCUAGGUAUUUUUGGUGUUCGGCAAACACCAAAUUUUUUAAUUGUUUGUUAGGUGUGGACGCAGCUUAAUAUAGUAUAUUAAAAUAACUUAAUAAUACAUUUGAUUUUAGUCAAUGUAUUGACUCUUUGAAUGGCUUUUAUGACUCAAAUUACUCUGACUUUACGUCUAUGAUAGACAAACUCAAAAACAUUUUACAAGACGAAAGUGUGAUAUUAGAGGUAAGCCCAUUGAUUAGUGUUGAUAUGCUGGCUGAAUAUGACAAAAUGACAUUAAGCAUUGCUCAACUAUUAAGAAAAGAAUUUUUACAGCAACCUAGGUAACUUAGUUAAUAUAAUUAUCAGAUAGUUGUGAUUAUAAUUUGAAAUAUUUUCUGUUAGUAAUGAAUAUUGUCCGUUUUAUAAAACGAUUGGAAUAUUACGAAGUAUUACCACUAUUUAUGAUCUGUCAAGCCAUGCUAUUGAUGAAACUGAUACAUUUACAAACCCAGUAACAUGGUCUUUAAUAAGCAAAAAAUUAGAUGGUAUACUUCAUAGGUUAUCUUCUAUGAAGUUUAAGGUAAAAAAAAAUUAACUAUUAAAGUCAAAAUAAUUUAAAUAAUUAUUAUUUUAUUUUAUUUAUGUCCUAUAGGAACCAGUUGAACAUAGGAUCUGCAUUGAAUUUGACAAGAUACACGAAGAAAUACUGAGCAUAUUUGAACAUGAAAUAUUUAUGUCAACAUAAAUAAAAAAAAAAAAAAAACAAGCAAACAAACACAAACAAGAAUUAUGUACUUAAUGUAAUAAUAGCUUUUAAAAUUUAAAUAUUAUAUUUAAUAAACAACCAUAGCUAAAUAUAUAGGUAUGAUCACAACUGUUUAUUCCAUCAGACAGUUCCAUUUUGACACCAUCA